UCUUCUACUUCUCGGCGCGAAGCAACAAGAACAGACUGCUUGUUACGCGUGUUUCUCUCCCAGUCUAGUAUAAUUGUAGUGUGAUUUAAUUUUAUUCCUUGGAUUAAAACUUCGUAGUUAGUGAUGGAUUUUUUAGAGUUUUCUGAUGUUUCGGCUGAAAUUAAAGGUUCAAUGACACCAGGUCGUUUAAAACUAACGGAUCAGAGCAUCGUGUUUAAGAAUUCAAAAACGGGUAAAGUCGAACAAAUAAGUUCUUCAGACAUUGAAUUAGUUAACUGGCAGAGGCUUGCUGGUGCUUGGGGCCUACGAGUAUUUCUUAAAAGCGGAGCACUUCAUCGAUAUGGUGGAUUCAAAGAUUCAGAUCAAGACAAAUUGGCAAAGUUUUUCACCCAAACCUACAAAAAAGACAUGCUAGAGAAAGAACUAAGUGUCAAAGGAUGGAAUUGGGGCCGUGCUGAAUUCAGUGGUUCAACCAUGUCUUUUGAAGUUGGAAACCAUACAGCUUUUGAGAUUCCUCUGAGCAAUGUGUCACAGUGUACAACAGGAAAAAAUGAAGUCACCUUAGAGUUUCAUCAAAAUGAUGAUGCAUCUGUCAGCCUGAUGGAAAUGCGUCUUUUCAUUCAGUCAAAUGAUCAGGGUGGAGAUGAUGCAGUUGAAGCAUUCCAGAAACAGGUGAUGCCUAAAGCCAGUGUCAUCAGUGCAACUGGUGAUGCCAUUGCCAUCUUCAGAGAAAUUCAAUGCCUCACACCAAGAGGUCGUUAUGACAUCAAAGUUUUCCAGACAUUUUUCCAACUGCAUGGUAAAACGUUCGACUACAAGAUUCCCUCCUCGACUGUACUUCGCCUCUUUCUACUCCCGCACAAGGAUGGCCGUCAAAUUUUCUUUGUCGUGAGCCUUGAUCCACCCAUUAAACAAGGUCAGACACGAUAUCAUUUUUUGGUUCUCCUCUUCAAUAAAGAUGAAGAGACGUCGUUCGAAAUACCUUUGUCGGAGGAGGAACUGAAAGAAAAAUUUGAAGGCAGGCUUUCCCGUGAUUGUAAUGGUCCAACUUAUGAAGUAAUGAGUACUGUUAUGAAGGCAAUGGUUAACCGCAAGGUUACAAUACCCGGAAACUUUACAGGGCAUUCUGGAACUCCGGCUGUAGGCUGCUCAUACAAAGCAGCAGCAGGUUACUUGUAUCCUUUGGAACGCGGUUUUAUUUACGUUCAUAAACCGCCAAUCCACAUUCGUUUCGAGGAAAUUGCGAGUGUAAACUUUGCUAGAGGUGGAGGAAGUACACGAUCUUUCGAUUUCGAAGUAGAGACCAAGAAUGGGGUUGUUCAUACUUUCAGUAGCAUCGAAAAGGAAGAAUACAACCGCCUUUACGAUUUCGUAAACAACAAAAAACUCCGCGUCAAAAACACUGGCCGAAGCGAUAAGUCGUCUCAUGCUGAUGAUUUUGGCGAUUCAGACGAAGAAGAAGCGCCUGAUGCCUAUCUGGCCCGUGUUAAAGCUGAAGGCAAACAGCGAGAUGCCGUCGGUGACGAUUCUGGUGGAGAUUCGGAUGAGAACGACGAAGACUUUAAACCCGGCGAGGAGAGCGAUGUUGCAGAAGAAUAUGAUUCUAACGUGGCCACGACUGACUCUGAAGCGUCUGAUGCUUCUGUUGCGGCCAAGGGCAGCGCUGGCAAGGCUGGUAGUGAUGAUAAUGAUUCAGAUUCGAAGUCCAAAAAGAAGAAAGACAAAAAGGAGAAAAAAGAAAAGAAAGAGAAGAAGGAAAAGAAAGACAAAAAAGAAUCUAAAGAACCUAAAGAACCAAAAGAAUCAAAGAAAUCGAGCAGCUCAAAAGCAGCGACGCCAAAGACCUCCAAGCCACGAAAGACCAAGGCGGAUAAGGACGAAAACAAGCCAAAACGACCGCUGUCUUCGUACAUGCUUUGGCUGAAUGACACUCGCGAACAGAUAAAAGCCGACAAUCCUGGCAUCAGCGUCACCGAUCUGCUUAGGAAAGCAGGAGAGAUGUGGAAGACGGUAGAUAACCGUACUGUCUGGGAAGCCAAGGCGAAAGAAGCGAAAGAGUCUUACGAAAAGGCGAUGAAAGAAUAUGAAGCAUCAGGUGGAGGAUCAGCCGCUCCACCUAGUUCUUCAAAGAGCAAAGAAAAAGGAGCCAAAUCGUCGAGCAAGUCGUCCGUCAAAACGCCUACCAAGUCUGCGAAGCCAUCUCCAGUUAAAUCAUCUCCUGGUGAUUUCAAAAGCAAAGAAUACAUAAGUACCGAUGAAUCGUCUUCAGCGUCCGAAGGUGCCUCUAAGAAGAAGUCCAAGGCAACCAGUAAAAAAGCCGAGAAAAAGAAGAGUAAAAAAGAAGAAAGCGAGGAUGAAGAUAUGGAAAGCGAACCUGAAUCGAGCGAAAUGUCCGACAGCGAUUGAAAUAGGUAUGUCGUCUUUCCAUCUCGUAUACAACAUACCGUCAUCUAAACCUGAUAAAGAUGUCCGUUAUCGCUGUGCUCAUCAUUAUAAUACUAUAAUACAUUGUAAUUUCCAUUUC